CAAUUCGGAGUUCCAAGGGCAAAUUCAGGCCUCAACCCAACAUCAAUAUUAACAACAAUCUAUCAUCAAAUUAAAGAUUUUUCUGGUUGUCAUCUUGGUCUUGAUAACUCUGAUGCCAUAAUAACUGCAGAAAAAUUGUCACCAAGAGUUCGAGUUCGAGUUCGAUGUUGGCAUGUAACCUAG